CGGCGGGCAGCCCGCGGAGCUCGGUCGCUUGGAAGUCUGCGAACUCUCGUGCGACCUUCUGUCCGUUCCUUAGGGCUUUGGGUGCGACGUGUUGCACCGAUAUCGCUCCUAAUUUUGGUGAUAAAUAACACAGCUAUAGCUAAUCAGAUUCGAAACAAGUCGGACCGUGUUUUUCCGACGACGUAAGGUGCCCAGCUCGGCUCGGUGCCCGCUGUGUUUCUGUGUGCUCUCGAUAACGCCGAGCUGAAGGGACAUGUGGUUUCUUACCAGGGAAGCGCGGUUAAUCCGGUGUGAGGCAAAAGCUGUUCUUAAUCAUGUCUUUAAGAAUAGCGAUAUCGUGAAACAGUAGCUGUGUGUAUUUAGCGGUAGCUGGCCCUUAGCUCACCUGUUCCUAACGCCAGUGCUCAUGCUGAAGUCCUGCAGCACCGAGCUUACUUGCGGAGUUGCGUUCAGUGCGGGCACCUCAGAGAACAGCCUGGCGAUGUAGAACUGGAGACGUCCGAAUCGGUCUCUGACGUGAUAAGCUGUCCUGUAAGCAGGGGGGAGAGAAAUGCUGGUUUGUUACAUACAGGGUGAUUCACAGGCGUGCAGCCUACUGUGCGUAGGGGACCUUUGGUAAGCUUUCAGUUUAUGUCAUGCUUAUCAAACAGUACUUAAAAUUUUAUCUUGAAACUGUAGAAUUGUGGGUUUUGUUGUUCGUUUUUUUUUUUUCUUUUCUUUUUUCUUUUACUAGAACUAAAGCACGAAUCAUGAUUUAUACCCAGAACAGUUGCAGUAUGAAUUACCACGUUCUAAGAACUGGCUGUUCGAACAAGGUGGCUGGCAGAAAGGACAGACCUGUUCCUAACCAUGUCCAGGAGAAAGAUGGAGAACAGAAGCCUUUCGGGCUUGUUGGCCACGUCUCUGCAGACACAAAUCAGGAUGGACAAUUUCCACAAUUUUUACAUGCUUGAGUCCAAAGAGCUGGGAAGAGGAAGAUGUGGUGUGGUUAGAAAAUGUAUAGCUAAAUCCACAGGUCAAGAAUAUGCAGCUAAGUUUUUAAAGAAAAGAAGAAGAGGUCAAGACUGCAAAGCGGAGAUUCUUCAUGAAAUUGCUGUGCUUGAAUUAAUGAAAUCUAAUCCUCGCAUAGUUAAUCUCCAUGAAGUCUAUGAAACAGCAAAUGAAAUCAUCUUAGUGUUGGAAUAUGCUGCUGGAGGAGAGAUCUUUAACUUGUGUGUCCCAGAGCUGGAUGACAGAAUUGCUGAAUGUGACAUCAUAAGGCUUAUCAGGCAAAUACUUGAAGGACUUUGUUGCUUGCAUGAAAAAAAUAUUGUCCAUCUCGAUUUAAAGCCUCAAAAUAUUUUGCUGAGCAGCAUCAAUCCUCUUGGUGAUGUGAAGAUUGUAGAUUUUGGCAUGUCUCGGAAGAUUGAGAAUAGCACUGAACUGCGGCAAAUCAUGGGAACCACCGAGUAUCUCGCUCCAGAAAUCUUAAACUAUGACCCUAUUACCACAGCCACGGAUAUGUGGAACAUAGGUGUAAUAUCCUACAUGCUGCUGACUCAAGAAUCUCCAUUUGUGGGAGCUGAUAAUCAAGAAACUUUUCUUAAUAUAUCUCAAGUUAAUGUGGAUUAUUCAGAAGAAACAUUUUCAUCAGUUUCACAGCCAGCGAAAGACUUCAUUCAAAAACUUCUCAUAAAAAAUCCUGAGGAAAGGCCCACAGCAGAGGCCUGUCUCUCCCAUUUCUGGUUGCGGCAAGGGGAUUUCAUACUCUUGUGCAGCCCUGAAGAACCUUGCUGCCCAUCUCUGAUGCCAGGACAUGCAACAAAAUGCUCAGAAGAGCGGCAUGUGAGAUCCAGUUGUAAUGGCACUUGCAGCGACAAGGAAGACAAAGAAAACAUCCCAGAGGACAGCAGUACAGUCUCCAAACGCUUCCGGUUUGACGAUUCACUGCAAUAUCCCCAAGACUUCGUGACAGACUUUGUAUGUUAAUGCGUAACAUAGACUUUCAUAAGAAUGGGUUGAGUGUAAUCUAUUCCAGCGGCAAGUGCAAGAUUGGCUUGCCAGUUUGUGCAGUGUUGCUGUACUGGAAACGCACUUUGAUUCUUUAUUCUGGUGCUUGCUUUUCUAUCCGUUGCUGGCAAUGGGUUUAACUCCUGAGAAUUGGAGUUGUAGCACCAGUAAAAUGAAUUAUUUUUUUAAGAAGAUAUAAUUAAAUAUUUUUUGCACUUUUUAAAUUUCAGUCCAAAAAUGAUGCCAAAUUAAGGCCUGUACAUGUGUUGAGAUAAACUCAUUUUAUUGAGUUUUUGCCUAAACUUUGAGCUUUGCCAAACAGCAGUUGAACAGCGUGUACGUUUUUAUGACUAGCCUUCAGAAGCGGGUCUAAGUAGGUAGAACUGAAUCUAGCUGUCUUAAUGGGCAUAUCUGUGACCUUUCUCCUAGAUUUAAAUGACAGCUAAAAGCAGCAUUCUGGGAUGAUUGAUCUGCUGGGGCCAUCUGGAAAACUGCUUUUUCUCUGGUGUCGUUAGUAGUUAAGGAAGUGUUUUUCUGGUCCACCUAGAGAUUGAAAUGUAUAUUGAGCGAGGUGUUUUUCCAUUGUUUCCUGUGGAUGCAUGUAAUGCUUGAAAAGAAAACGGGUAGAUGGUCAGUCCUUGUGUUAGUGAUACAUUGCUUCUUACCAGUGAGUUAGAUUUGAAGAGGACAAGUUUUCCAUUCUGUUGUGAUUAUUUGAUACACGUUAGUUGUCUUUCAUAAAAUAUCUGAAGUAUAUUGUCUAGAAUUAUUGACCUAUUCCUUAUCUUAAAACCAAAAAAUGAACACAAAGCCAUGAAAUGCCUUAAGUUCAAAUUAAUAACUGAAUAAACUGAAAAUGACUUUUUUUUUUUUUGCCAGUAGAGUUGCAAUUAAAAGCUUUUCAUUAUGCCUUUUUAA